AUGAGGAGCCUGAUUUCCAACCACAGCAGAUACGUCCAGUCCUUCCGCCUCUUCCUCAAGAGCUCCACGGAGCACCAGUGCAUACGGGAGUUCGUCGAGAAGCAGCUGCCUGGCCUCAUCUCCAGUAUCGGAAAUGGGAAAUCUACAAUCAAUAUUCUAAGCAUUGGUGGUGGUGCAGGUGAGAUUGACCUGUUGAUGCUCUCAAAAGUGCGAGCCAGGUACCCAGGAGUCACCAUCAACAAUGAGGUGAUAGACCCAAAUGCUGAGCAAAUCUUCAGCUACAAAGAGCGUGUAGCAAAGACAUCAAACCUCGAGAACAUAAAGUUUACCUGGCACAAGGAGACAGCUCAUGAAUAUGAAAGUCGAAUGAAUGCAGAAAAAUCUUCUAAAAAAUGGGACUUCAUUCAUAUGAUUCAGAUGCUGUACUACGUGAAGGAUAUCCCCGCCACCAUCCGGUAUUUCCACCAGCUCCUGGAGAAGCAGGCGAAGCUCCUCAUCAUCCUGGUGUCAGGAAACAGCGGCUGGGAAACGUUGUGGAAGAAAUAUGGGUCUCAACUCCCUCUAACUGAUCUUUGCUGUCACGCUACCUCUGCUGACAUCAAAGCGAUCCUCGACUCUGCAGGGCUGAAGUACCAGCAAUACGAGCUCCCGUCCCACAUGGACAUAACCAGCUGUUUCACAGAGGGGAGCAUGGAUGGGGAGCUGUUGUUGGAUUUUUUGACAGAAACAUAUGAGUUUUCCAAAACUGCCCCGCCUGAACUGAAACAGCAAAUAAUAGAAGAAUUAAGAAAGCCCGAAUGCAGCCAAGAAAGAGAUGGAAAGGUGCUUUUUAACAACAAUCUGAGUGCGAUAGUGAUAGAGCCAUGAAUUUA